CAGUAAGAAGAUGACGCGCCUCAUCCUACCGGAAGUUCCGGUUUCACAGACAAGCGGGGAAACCAAACGCUGCGAAGCUUCAUGGCUGAAAAUGUCCCCAAGUCGAAGUUGAAACGUAGAAAGUUUCCAGUGGAGGAAAAGUUGACCUCGAAGAAGAGUCCGCGCGAGACAACCCCCCCGGGAGCAGCGGGGACGGUCGGCUCGGCGGAGUCCGGUUCCAGCGGAACCCGGAACGGGUAACUCCGAUUCUGUUAGGAAGAAGCUCAGAUUGGGACCGGACUUCUGCCGUGAUUUACCGUCAGACAGAAGUCCCGCUCCGACCGUCCUGGCAUCUGUUGAGCGUUUCCGGUGGUCUGAACAUUCAGAUUCUAAAUGAAAUGUUGUUUUCUAGUUUCUGCCAUUCUGAAAUUCAGCUUUAGAUAAUAUCAGGAGACAAUCUGCUACUAAUAUUCAUAACAGAUAAAAAUGACAAAGAAACAUGUGAACACAUUGGAGAGCAUGAAUUUACCUGCUAGCUUUCUGACUCAAACAUUAAUGAAUCAAAUACAUGCAGCAUGAUGAUGUGGAAUAUCGACACUUAAUCUGACAGAGUUGAACCUGUAGAGGAUGAACGGCGUCAUGAACGCUAACAUUGGUGGCUAACGUUUCUAUAGUUCUGCUUCAUCUUUGCUUCACUUCCAUCCCAGAUGGUUGGUGGGAUUGAAUUUCUGUCGCCCCCCCCUGCCGCGGCCCGCCGGAGCUGCCGUCCGCCGGCCCCCGCCGCAGAGAGCCCGUGGGCGCUGGCCCUGUCACACCUGGAGGGCCUGCAGGGGGGCUGGGUCCCUGACCUCCCCCCUCCGUCUGCAGCGAAGCCGUCCUCGGACCUGGACGGGUGGCGCUGGCGUGACCUCUGUGAGGAGGUCAACCCUUUCCCACAAUCCUCUUCACUGAUUCCAUCCAGCCUGAGCUUCGUCCAGCAGGAUCUUCACACCAAACCUGCUGCCGCCUCAUCUUCAGCCUUCACAAGGCGCAGCGCGAGUCCACAGACGGAGACCGCUCCACCCCUCCUGAGCAGCCAACGGGCCGCCCCCCCCAGGAGGACAGAGGGAGGACGGUCGGAGGGUUCUGCAGGAGAGGAACAGCAAAGGCAUGGAGGGAAGGAGGAGCUGCGGAGCUGCCCCAUGUGUCUGCAGGACUUCCCCUCAGGGUCCUCUCAGAUGGACCGUGACAGCCACCUGGCCCAGUGUCUGUCCGACAUGAACGUGGACGUCACCUGGUGAUCCUGCAGGACGGAGACGGCCCCGAAUAUUCCUCAAAGCUCCGCUUCACCAAGCAGACAAGCACAGACUCGCUCACAGAAAACCAGGAUCCUUUUUAAUAAUUACACAUAUUUACA